GAAUAUAUUCAAAACAUUAGCAUUUUCAGACAAAAAUCAUCAACUAAAUUACCGAUUUCUGCCUAAAAUCAUGGUUCAUUUUCGUUGAUUAACUGUUCAAGGGUAGAUGUGUUGGGUAAAUCCGAUAAUUACCCCAUGAAAUUAAGAUGGCUUACCAGGGUGAAAUGGUAUCGGACCUGUGUCUGAGGACCAUUCUUGAAGAUGGUGUCCCAAGUCCUCAAUCCUUGGAAGAACUGAUGCGCAAGUUAGAUGUUCAGCUUGGCUUCAAUAGACGACAACUUGAGAGGGUUGUGAAUGACAUUGUAAAUGAUGUGAACAACUUGCCAGGGAACCGAGUUUUCACGACUGCAACAGAUGCAAUAGAGCACAUGUCAGAACAUCAUAUACUGGAAAAGACGUCUUGUUUUGACCCUGAUCCAGAGGAUGUGACCCGUCUUCUAAAACAUGUGCUGUCAGUCUUGGAGAAGUGUCCAGGAAGUGAAGAAACCACACUGCAAAGCCUGCUGCAAUUGUCAUCAGAGGAAGGAAUAAUUCUACCAAUCAGGUCAUCGACAGCAGAUCAGGUGACCGAAUCAAUGAUGUCAAUCAACACGGUAACAGAUUCUAGUGAGCAGUUGAAUGAGUCGCUCUGGGGUGAGAUCUGUAUGAGGUUACGGCGAUCAUUUAUUGAUGGUUUGAAUAAACUUCCAAUCAACAUCCAACAGACUGCAAUCAACUUGGAUAAAGACAGGCGGUUAGAUUACCUCCAGAGUUUGUGCUCCCUGUACCCCUCGGAUGAUAUCUGGGCACGUUACAAAGGUCUUCGAUGUCAACAGGUUGAUCGCUGUAUUGGUAAUCUCCUCAUGCCUCACGGACGAAGUCUUGAUCUCCCAACAUUUGCUGACAACUUCGAAGAGCUGGCGAAUGUCAUCAUUGUCAUGAUUGAUGAGGACUUCAUCAUCCUGAACUCGGGGAUAUUCAAGCGAAACGUAAAGCCAUUCCAAGCCCUUCAUGAGAUAUUCCAGGAUAAACUUUCAGACGAGAUCUCUGCAGUCAUGGAUAAUAUCAUUGAUGAAUUAAUCAUCACGCAAAAUGGAAGCCGACAGUCCUACCAUGCUCAUUCCUCAGGACUUAUGAGCAACUUGAAAUCCGGGAUAAGUCAUGUCAGCCGUAAGGGUGCAUCAAAAAGUUUAGACAGUUUAUUGAUAAAGUCAGAGGACAUGGGGACAGAAUUGAUUCUGCCCGCAAGUCAUGUGCAUGCCCUUACGACUAUCAUCUCGGCCACUUAUGCCGUGGACUGUCAUGUUGAGACGCUGUAUCAGAGGAUGACUUGGGAGGUGUUUGGGAAUCAGAAGAAGAAAAACCUCAAGUCAAGCCUGAAAGCUACAGGGCAGACUCCUACACCACCUGACCUCUCCCGUCGUAGGCCCAGCCUCCGGAGCAGUGAGACAACCGCUUUGCUGCCUGAUGCUAUCCCACCACCAUUUGGUGCUACCUUGGCGAUGAUGGCCGAAGGUGGUUCAUCAAACCUCCGAGUAAUUGAGAAAGCAUUCCAUGAAGACAAGCCACCUUGGCAGUGGAAGGAGCUGUUUGUAAAGUUAGUGCCUGACAUAGCACGAGCAAUGGAGAAGAUUAUCCGUGAGACGUCAAGUGCAGCACUGGAAGAUGAAUGGCAGGAGAUCUUGAAUAAUCAUGAGUUGAAGACGGAGGAGCUGUGUGAGAUCAUGAUGGGAGGCAAGCUUGAUUACCCCAGGGUGAUACUCAAGAGUAUUGCAAGGACAUUUCAGGAGAUAGAUGAGUUGGUACCCCUGGCUGCAAUAGGUAGUGAAACAUGCUUUCACUUACUCAGAACAACAUUUGUAGAAUGUACCACACAGCAAAUGAAGAACUUCUAUGCCAGGCUGAAUAAGAUAUGUGAUCAAGUUCCUCAGAAGUUGCCCAUGAAUGGUUUUUACAUUGCCCUGGCCAGUGCCGCUUUCAUCAGGAAUCAUCUCCUGCACUUUGAUACUGUGCUCACUGUGGAAGAAGGAAGCAAGAAGCUGUUCCUUACACUGUAUCGACAGUUCUGUGACCUGGUUGAUACCAUAUCACGUCAGAUUGUUGAGUAUCACAAUGGUCUUCUAGCAAACUCGUUCCUACAGGAUGCUGACAGUCACCACUGGGAAGACUCAAAAGAGUUCUAUGAUGACCAGUCGUGCUCCUUGUCUAUUCUGAUGUGGAACCUCCAUAUGAAGGCCACCCAGCAUGACCUGUGGCAGUUUGGCCCGCCGAGAUUAGCGCAGAGUAUGUUUGCUGCGAUCAUCCAGGAGUCGCUACUGGUGAUGGCUCAGAGAUAUUGUCGGGUCAAACCAGCCUAUAGAAGAACAAGACAGUUCAGAUGCGAUAUCCUAUCAAUCCUUCUGUGUGCUAGUCAACUUUUGCUGCCUGGAAGUAACACAUCCAGUCGGAUGAUGGAUGCUAGCUCAGAACAGACGACACACUUCUCAAUCCAUAACUCCUGUACAUCGCUGGUGGCCGCCAUGGCUAUUGUAGUAUCACCACUUGAGUUUCUCUACAAGACUUUCAAGAAAGGCUUCAGCAAGAAGCGAAUCGGCAAUGAAGAAAGAGAAGGUGUCCAUGGAAAACCAACUGAUUGGCUCGCGCUAAUCUGGCCACAUCUGUUCCAGGCAGGAUUCUCAGACCUUGAUGACAUGCAAACGACAUCAGCCUUGUACCUUCAACUCAAGUUGUUCAGUGUUCAACCAGAACCGAACUUCCCCAUGAUGCUUCAGGCCCUACUGAUGAAAGACUUCACACUGCCGAUAAUGAUUCUAACACAACCAAUGGGAAAACUUAAACGUGUUCGAUCGCAGGCAUCAUCCCCGAGUAAAAGUUGCGGCAUGGCCUGCUGCCUUGGUGAACAGUGUCACUCAAUCACAAAACGCCAAGCGGAGAAUCUUUUCGUACCAUUUGUGACCAUCUUGAUUAAGUGUUCUUGUAGCCCUGAUGCUCUGGGCAAGGUACUGCUCUCAGUCAUUGGAAGAUCUGGAGACUGGGGCCUGUUUGAAGCUAACUCAAUGCCAGGAAAAAAUUCUGAUAUCCCGUUGUGGUUAGAUGCAAUCCAUGAAGCGCUGGUUCCAUUCAUCAACCGUGUUAUGACGCCAGCUUUGCAGAUAAUUCUAAAGCAGCCUGCACCGAAGAUGGACCCGUUAUGGAACUACCUCCAUGAGCUUCCCUGUGGAUGUAAACCUCUCAACAUCGGUGACUGGAGUAAAUCUAAAUAUGCCACUCCACCUCAGCAUGCUGAACAAGGGGAUCGUGAUAAAACUGAUAAAACUGAUAGCACAGGAGAAGGAACACAAACUCCUACUCCUGAGGCUGAGACUUCAAGAGAAAUGGUGGACAAUGCCCUUAAAGCUCUAUUGACACAGAUCUUUGAAGAAGUCUACUGCAUUCCAACAGCUCUGUGUACAUUCUUCCAACUGGUUCAGGACAAGUUGCGAGAAUUAGAAUUGCCCAAUGCUCAUCAUUCUGUAGGGUUACUUGUAAUAGGGAACCUCCUUCGCAUGAAACUCAGUGAUUAUACUUAUGUUGAGGCCGUGACUGGACAGCCAGUGCGCCCUGCAUCCAAGGACAACCUGUUGAUGCUGGCUGAUUGUGCUUAUACUGUUCUUGCUCAAUUUACAAAGUGUAAGGGUACUGGUACCCCAAGGUUGGCUAACUCCUUUGUGAGAUAUCAUCGCCAGUGGCUACAAGAGAAGAUGGAUAUACUAUUGGAUUAUUUCUGGAGACCACAAUUUGCUGUUCCUGAAACUAAAAUCCUGGAUGGUGCCACUGCAGACUUCAGAGAGCAGUACCUCAUUCCUGUUGCAAGUAGUAUCCUGGAGACUUCCGAAGGUCAUCGUUCAUUGAUCCAGAUCUACAACUUGCUCCAGAACAACAUGACAUGGUUAUUGGGUCAGCUGGAUGUGCCCCCACUCCUGGGAAGCAGGGGUGAGACCACAGAAGUGGGGGAAUUCCAUGUAAACAUGGAACAGCCUCCAAUCUGUGGAUUCAAUCCAAUCAAGCAAGCUUCCAAAAUAGGAAACGAACCAUUCAAUCAUGAGGCUAUUGGGAACUUCAAUAUCAAUUGGCAGUCGUUGCUGCAGAGUGAUCUUGGCCUGAGUGAGAUAGGAUUCAGGACUCUGCUCUUCAACCGCCACGAGAUGCAGGAAGGGGCUUACUUGGAAGAAGUUGAGAAGAAACCUGUUCAUGUGCUCAAGAUGAGGUAUGAUGUGGAAUCGGCUGAGAUCACUUAAUAUUGUAACAGUAAAAGUAAAGUUUAAGGAAGCUUUGUUUAUCAUAAUGUAACCCACUGAAAGGACCAGCUAGAACCAGUUUUAUGUGACAGUCUUAUGAUAACAUCUCUUGUCCAGAUGACCCCUUUAAAUCAAAGAUUUUAUUAACAUGUACUGUACAAUGAUAUUCAGCUGUAAACAGAGUUCCAAUGUUGUGAUGUAAAUUUGUCCAUUUAUUUAUUUUUGUAACUUUUAUUUUACAUACGUAGUGCAAUUUACAGGUAUUACUUAUCUUUACUUAUUUUCAUGGUUUAAUACUUAUAUUAAACAUACAAAGACACAAUCAUAAUGCCAGGACAGAUUAAUAAGACUUUAUCAAAACAUAUCCAUCCCACCUGAAAAAUCAGCGACCCGCCUUGUUUUCUAUCUUCAUUUAUGCCUCCUGUUUAAUUUAGCCUUCAAAUGAAACAGGGAAUAACGCAGAACAGACACACGCCUUGUUGGGUAGUUUCCUUCAUGUUCUUGUAAGCUUACAUGGAGUUCUAGUUCAGUGUGAAGAUACUGAUACUAAUUCAUGAUAAGUACAUGUAGAAUCGAACUGUGGCUGUUGUUAACAUGAAUAUGUUUUGUGAGGGGAGAAUACAGUACUACAAGUAUAUGCAUAUUGGGUAUUGUAACGAUGUAUUGAUUUAAAGACAAAAAUGAGACACUUCUUUCCUUUAAAGGGAGAUAAUAGGCAGGACUCCACGAGGCCAGAUUAUCAAGGCUGACAAUAUGUGUCCCACAUGUGCAUGGAAUAGUGAAGCCUGUCCUAACUACACCUAUUAGUCACCUGAAGACCUGUUUUAACCCCUAGUUCCUGCCUAUAGUUCCCAUUUAAAGAAUGACAAUGCUUCAUGUGCGCAUUAUUGCAAAGCUUAGUGUAUUGUUCCAAUUAGGAUGGGCUGGCCUUUAUCAUAUCAGCAGUCAUGACAUAUCAAAUAAUGUUGUAGUUUAUGUUUUACAUGGUCUGGCAAGUGUUACUGUUCAUCAUAGUGCCAAAUCCAGUAAGUUAAUACUGCUAUUGUGAUAUUUUACCGAUGGAAUAAAAGUAUUGAAAUGAAA